UACAACAAAAAAUACGUGCUCGAAAAUGGGUUUUCUUUUUAGCGUUUUUAAAAGGCUUGUGCUCGUUGGAAUUGCAGUAUUUAUUGGAGUAUAUUUAAAUUACCCUCCGCCUAAAAUGUCAGAUGAAUUACGACUCUGGGUGCAGAGUGGGCAAUUCUUUUUACAUGGCCAUGAUGGUCAGGGUAUAAAAAUAUUCUACAAAGAUGUCAAUGGUUAUGGCCAUAAAGAUAAAGUCUUACUUCUCAUCCAUGGUUUUCCAACAAGUAGUUAUGAUUGGAAUAAGGUGUGGGAGCCACUAAGAGAAAAAUUUGGUCGAUUAAUUGCAGCUGAUAUGCAGGGCUUUGGAUUUAGUGAUAAACCUAAAGAGACAAACUAUACGGUGAAAUUACAAGCUAAUAUGUUUGAAGAUUUACUGACUUCAAUGAAUGUGAAAGAGGUCAACAUAAUAGCACAUGAUUUGGGACUUACUGUUGCCCUGGAGCUCCUGGCAAGAUAUGAAGAAAGAAAGGGGAAAAAAAUGAAACACGAGGGAGUCAACAUAAUCAGCUUGUGUUUAACUAAUGGAGGUCUUUUUCCUGGUUAUCAUUUUCCAAGACCCAUUCAGAAGCUGCUUCUGUACCCCUGGAUUGGCUCUUUGGCCACUCGGCUUGCAAACCGCUACAUUUUUGCUAAGAGUUUCUCUGCGGUGUUUGGACCAGGCACACAACCAACCCAGGAGGAAUUGAACGAUCAUUUUGUUGGAAUACGAUUCAAGGAUGGAAAUCUUUUGCAUCCAAACAUUCUAGGUUAUAUUAAAGAGAGACAAAUAUAUCAGGACAGAUGGGUUGGUAGUCUUCAAAAAACUGUUAUUCCAGUCCAUUUCAUUUAUGGUCCAGCAGAUCCCGUCAAUCCUCCGGUGUUUGCAAAAAGAUUCAAAGAAGUGAUACCUCAGCAUGGCAUAACAGUCUUGGAAGAAAACAUUGGUCACUAUCCUCAUUUGGAAGACCCAAGUCAAUUUAUGUCGGCCUAUAACAAGUUCCUAUACUCGUUCUAAGCUGGUCAUAAUAAGAAACAUCAGCGAGCGUUGCACGCAGCAAGGUUUUGCGGAAUGGUGCCCUGGGUUAUAUCAAAUAAACUUUGAAGGGAACUGUUAAAUCAAUCUUUUCCCAAUGGGCGAAAACAAAGGAAUGAUUUACUGAAUAGUUAUCUUAGGCUGUCAAAUUCUAUCAGGAUUUUCAAUCAACCGUAUAAUUUCUGAAAACAAAGCUAUUUAAUAACAUGAAUCAAUAGUUAGGAUGAAAAUAUAUUACAUUU